AUGUCCGGAAAAGUACACGGUGGGAAAGGGAAAUCCAGCGGAGACGCUGCUGGACUAAGAGCUCAGUCCUCUUCCGCAAAGGCAGGGCUGCAAUUCCCCGUCGGGAGAAUCAAACGUUAUUUGAAGAGAAACGCAUCAGGGAAAGUAAGAGUCGGGUCUAAAGCCGCCAUCUAUUUGACCGCUGUGCUGGAGUAUUUGACCGCAGAAGUCCUGGAAUUGGCAGGUAAUGCAGCAAAGGAUUUGAAAGUAAAGAGAAUUACUCCAAGACAUCUACAAUUGGCUAUUAGAGGGGAUGACGAAUUGGAUUCAUUGAUUAGAGCUACCAUCGCUUCAGGUGGUGUUUUGCCUCAUAUAAAUAAAGCUCUCCUAUUGAAAGUGGAACAAAAGAAGAAAUAA